UGAUGAAGCAAAUCCAGUGGGACUCCGAGCGAUGCCUGGUCUCGCCCGCUGCGUCCGAAAUCUUUUAAGCGCCGGGAGAAAGAGAACGUUGCCGUUGGAGCGGCUUUUUGUUUUUCUUUUCGUUUGCAUGGAAAAUCUAGAUAAUGGCCUUCCAACUGGACGAUCUGCUGAGGGACGACAAGAAAGACGCGAACCUGAUACCCGACUUGAGCAAGGCGACUUGUAACUCUUCUGAGGAAUUCCGGCGACUCAAGGAGCACUGCCCCGAGUUCAAGAUCAAGCCGGAAAAGGUAAAGAGAGAGGACGCGAAGGUUCGAGACAAGGAAUUUUCUUGGAGAGCCACCAAAAAGGAGCUCAAAGCUAGGGAAUGGACAUACGGCGACCCAGUGCCACCGGACAUGAGGGAAUUGGAUCUGCAGGAGUUGCAGCAGGUCGCUAUCGACUGGCGAAUGCUGACCCCGAUCAGACCAAAGCUUCGUCAGGACGAGGAAAUGUUCUCGAGAUUGGUGGAGAUGGGCAAGCUGGAGGCGAAGACCGUGAUGAAGGAACGGCGUUCGCCGACGAGCCCCAUCAGAAGAAACAAGAAUCGCGCCGGCAUAAUCGAGAGUAGCGUGAAGACCUGUCGGGAAUGCGGCGAGGAGUAUUGUUUCGGCGAAUUUUGCGGGGAUGUUCUUUACGACUCCUUCGUGAGGGUGACGAUCGCCACCCAGCAGCCGAAGAUCAAGGUGUCCGCCGACACCGAGGCCAUAAUCGCGAACAUGGACCGCAAGAAGAAGCGGAAGAAGACGAGAAAGAAGAGAGUCAAGAGCAAGAGCAGAAAGUCCGCCCGGCUCUUGGUCAACAGCAAGACUAGGAAGUCGAGCGACCUUGAGACUAGGAGCGCCAAAGCGUCCAGGACUCAGGACGCCGGCGGGCAAAGCGAGAAGCCGGCGAAGCAGUUCAAGAGGAAGUGCAGUAAAUACACGAAGAAAGGCCUUUUGCGCAAGUGAUCGCAAUUGUAAAUUAAUAGGACAAAUAAAAAAAAAGGACUCUAAAGAUAUAUACUGUACAAUAUAUAAUCCGUUAUCCUGGUAUAUAAGUGUGUGUGUAAAAAGCCUCUGGACAAUUGUGAAGAGACGUAUUGAUAAUUGUCAUAUAAAUUCGUUCGAUAAAUUCCUUAAUAUUAAGCCAAUGAAGAUAAAACGCGGAAACCGAACACACAAUUAGAACAUUAAAUUUGACGCGAAUGAAUAUUCGAAACGUCUCACCUGUGUAUCUGAGAACAGAUUCAGACGCGGUGUCCUAAGUGAAUUAAAAGUAGAUGAGAAUCGCGCACGAGCGCGACUGCAUUUCGGAUUAUACAAUGUAAGAAACGACGAGAAAGGCGAGACGAACGAAGAGAAUACGAUCAGUCGGCAAAUAAAUGGGAGAACAGAUUCGCAGUCCUUUGGAUUUUAUUAACUGUCCGUAUAUGUACUCUCUGUGUGGUCCCUCGACACGACAAGCGCUGACACUCUUAUCCGAAGCGUUUUGCGCAAAAACAAAAAAAAAGGAUACGAUACAUCGCUCCCAAACAAUAGAAUACAACAACGGAUAAAUAUACAAGUAUAUGUAUAUAAAUCGACGCGAUAGAAUCUAGAAGACAGGCGCAGUGAAUGCUCCCAAUUGAAUGCUGGAAAAAUAUAACUUUUAUUCAGUU